AUGUUAUCAGCGCAAAGCGGUGUGAGGGAAUAAUUUGAAAGGUGAUAUUGGAAAAGUCCAUUAUAGCCUCAAUUCCCCCAAUUUCCCUACCGUCUUCUCAAACCCUAACUGGUCUCACCACUCACGUACGCCUAUGCAUUUUGGACACAAUUGGUGAAUCUUGCUGGGGAAAUUCAAGUGGUGGAUUAUUUUGGACUCACAAGUGCUACCCGGACCUCCACCACUCAGUUACCCCUAUAUAUAAACACCCCUGUUUAUAAACACUUUGCCGAACAUACGACAAAUGUUGAAAAAUCUUGAUUGCAUGGAGGAGAAUAUACACAUGCAGCUAGUAGAUGAGUGCAAUGUUGAAGGUGCCACUGUUAGUGAUGAUGAAGGAACAAAUAGAAACCAAGUAUUAUGUGACAUCCAGAAACUAUCUGAUGAUGAGUCCGUUCAAACAUCGAAGAGAUGGUGGUUGUUCAGUUUACUGGGAGUUCAAGGUAGACACUAUGAUGAUGUUUGCAAAGCACCAUCAGAAACUUUGAGUAUUGAAGAACAUCAUCCAGUGGUUUUACAUCAGUGCAUGCUGCAUCCAUUAGGGCUUGUAUGAAAUUCCAUCGAAGUCUGGCUGGGAAAUCAAUGAUGAGCCUGAUCUGGAUGAGUACAAAGAAACUGGUUUAUAGAAGAUGUGCAACACGCCACCAGCAGUGGAGCCCCCCAUAAGGCCACUGAAUUUGGGCCUCCCAUUUUAAAAUCUACCUAGGCCUGUUCCUACUCAGCCCAAUGCUUCAAUAUUGGAAAAAAAAUUGAAAUCUUCUAAAAUGGGCCAACUGAACCUAAUUACCCAAAUAAUCACCCAUAAUUACCCAAUUAUCUGCCAGUCCCAUUAACCCUAGAGAAAACAGGAAGAAGGACUUAGUGCUCCGCCGGUGACUCCAACCAGCACAUCCAGACGGCAUACUGACUCCCCGACUUCAUUCCCUCCAACACCAAAGUCCAAGCUAUUUAGUUAAUAGUUAGGACUUAGGGACUUUUCUGUAUCAGUGAUGGGGUGUAACACUGGUUUGACUCAACAAGGAUUAAAUUUCGUCCAACCAACCUGGAUUGGUUGCCCAUCUUGUUCAUGCUGGGUCCUGUAUGACAAGCACGCAGCCGAUGGGAUAUUAACUUGUCAAACCUGUAGAGACUCCAGUACUAGAGGGGACUCUUCUGUAUCAGUGAUGGAGUGUAACACUGGUUCGACUCAACAAGGAUUAUAUUUCAACCAACCAACCUGGAUUGGUUGCCCAUCUUGUUCAUGUUGGGUCCUGUAUUUUAAGCAUGCAGCCGACGGGAUAUUAACUUGUCAAAGCUGUAGAAACUCCAGUGAUGAAGAUGAAAUGAAUUCUCUUCGGAUAUCACCUGGAGGUGCUAAUUGGAACUGGCCUGAUUUUCCCCCACAGAAAGACUCCACGAGCCGGCACCCAUUUAAAGUUGGCUCACAAACUGCAUCUGGAGGCUCCAUACAGUUGGUUGGCAAUGGAAAAGACUCAUGUUUAAACAAGGAAGUUACUGAUGAGUCCAGGCCAAAUAAAUAUACUGUUCAUGUGGAUGCCAGAAUUAACAAGCAUGAUCACAUGAACAGCUCAAAAAGAAAUAGCAAGAAAAGAAAAAUGGCAUCUGAAUCCAGUGAACGUUGUCACACACUUGAUGAUGAUGGCAAUAAUCUGACACGAAAUAACCUUGGAGGAUUUGGUAAGCGGUACCCUCGCAGAUGUAUUAGGUCUAAAAUGUGUGUUUCCUGUAGUGAGCCUCUAAAUCCUAGUUGCAACGGUGCACCAGUUUCUGUGGAAAUUCCUGAGCCGGAGUUUUACGACUUUGAUGCAGACAAAUCCAAAGAGAAGUUUCAGGUUGGUCAGAUAUGGGCGGUAUACAGUGAUGAGGAUGCUUUACCAAAGUACUAUUGUCAGAUUAGGAAGAUUGACAGCCUUCCAGAGAGUACUUUUCACGUAGCAUGGCUUCUUCACUGUCCGUCGUCAAGGGACAUGAUAAGAUGGGUUGAUAAAAGCAUACCAAUAUGUUGUGGAAAAUUUAUGGUUGAAAAGGGGAAAACACACAAAAUAGUUGGCACUCUUCCAUUUUCUCACCAGUUGAAAGUAGAACCAUCCCCCCUGGAUAAGGAGGAUGGUUUCACCAUACUUCCUGAAGUAGGUCAGAUCUGGGCUUUAUAUGAGCACUGGAAUGUUAAAAUGAAACCUUCUGAAUUGGAAAACUGCAAAUACGAGAUUGUGGAGAUUCUGGAUGUAGAUGACAUAUUUAUAGUUGGUGCACCUCUUGAGGUAGUGCGUGGUUACAAGUCUGUUUUCAAGUCUCGAGUGGGAGAAAAGGGGGUUGGGGUCAAACCAAUAACCAUACUACUGACUGAGAUUCUUAAAUUCUCCCAUCGGAUACCUGCUUUUCGCUUGAAAGACAAGCAGGAUGGAAGCCUGCCAGAUGGUUCUUAUGAGCUUGAUUCAGCAGCUGUGCCACAAUAUUUAUUAUGUUCGAGUUGACGUUGCAUGAUGAUGUUUUCAGGUAGCUAGUUGCCGAUGUUGUGUAGUGGUGGGAUUUUGCAAUGCUCAUGGAAUGGAAAGACCGAGUGCUGCCAAAGCUCCAAGCAUAUGUAAAAUAUGCAAGUGUAGACAAGAACCUGAUUUUUUAUUAGCCUAUUCAGUUUUGAGUUUGUCUAUUAUGGUUUUACAAAAGUAUGAUUGGCUAAGACUUGUGUAAGCACCUUUUUUAAAAGGUAAUAUUUUCCCAUUUAACUUUUACAGUGUUACUGAAGUUUUAGAUUCGUGUUC